AGAUCAUGAUGCAUCUAACUAGUCCAUGUACUUGAUACUACGGAUACUACUCGGAUAUCCCUACCUCUCUAGUCUCUACAUACUGGCUCCACGCUAAUGUACUAGGAUUCAAAGUACUGAAGUCUCGUCGGCACGAAAUCCCGACACAGACACCGCAACCGUCAGGCAUGUGUAGAGCCUGAGUCAAGCACGCAUUCAGCCAUGACGUUCUGAUUGCUUUCUGGUUUUCUGAUCGUCCAAGACAAUCAAAGAGGAAAAGAAAAAAAAACCCGCAAGAAAGUCAUCAACAUCCCUGAAAAUAUCCUGAAUCAUCCCUGAAAAUGGACCCAGUGAGCCAAUCAUGGCGGAUGAUCUUCCCACGCGGGGUUUCCACCGCCCAUCAAGCAGCUGAUCCUGGACUUCACUCUCCUCCUACCAGGUCAACCUCCUCGACUGACCGAACCGAGAAACUUACCUCUGUCCGACUUCUCCUCUGGAUGGAACUAAAUUCCCCACUAGUCUCUGCAAUCCAGACUUUGUCGUUUGUCCCACCGUGGUGACCCUCCCUUACAUCCACCCUCAUUUGGUGGAGGACUGCUGGACGACACGCUAGAAUUAAUUUACUAGACUCCGAGAAAACCCCCCAUCAGCCAACAUGGUCACAUCACCAGGCACACGUGCGUCGCUGGACAGGUCCCGACCGGGGACCUAUCAGCCCCUCUCCUCGGAGGAGGGGAGGGAGGGGAUGGAGGUGAGAGAGGCAGACAGGCAGCCGGUUGACCACAUGGGUCCGUUACUGGACAAGGACGACAGAGAGGAGGAGGACGAGGGCCUGGUGGAAGAGGGUCUGGUGAAGCCGCUGCUGGUCCUGCAGGACGAACAUUCCACGGCUUUAAAGAGGGCCGCUGCAUCCCCUUCCUGGCUGCGGUCUGCCAUCAUCACCCUCCUCCUCACCAUCAUGUCGCUCCUCUCCCUCCUCACCUUCUUUCUCUUCUCCUCCUCGCUGCGGUCGGGCGUCCUGGGACGCCCGUCCCAUCCAGCCACCAAGGGUCCCAUCAAGAAUGUCGUGGUCCUGGUGGAGGAGAACCUGUCCUUUGACGUGUUCGCCGGCGGGCUGACCUACAACAAGAAGAUCGAUGGUCUCGUCGAUCGGGAGUACUGUAACCCGGCCAACGUCACGGACGCGUAUUCCAAGCGGGUGUGUGCGAAGCCCAUCGCGAAGAACGUCGCGCCCGAUGAUCCGGAUCACAGUAUCACCGGCGGCAACCAGCAGGUGUACAGCACGUACCACCCCAACGCCAAGAACGACAUGCCGGACAUGCAAGGCUUCGUGUCCGAGCAGAUCGCCGCCUACGGUCUGGACGCGGACCUGACGCGGGCGGCCGAGGUCAUCAACUACUACACGCCCGACAUGGUCCCCGUCUUCAACGCCAUGGCCGAGAACUUUGUGCUCUUCGACCGCUGGUUCGCCGCCGUCCCGGGCCCGACCAAUCCCAACCGGGCCUACCUGACCUCGGGCACGUCGCACGGUCACGGCAAGAAUGACCGCGACUUCGACACCUCAUCCCUGCCGCAGGAGUCCAUCUUCGAGCAGCUCGACAAGGCCGACAUCAGCUGGAUGAACUACUCCAACACCACCAACUUCAACCCGGACUCCAUGUUCUACAACUGGACCGCCUCCUCCGGCAAGGGCGACACCAACGUCAAGCGCAUCGACCAGUUCUACAAGGACGCCAAGGACGGUAACCUGCCGCAGUUCACCUGGAUCAACCCGGAGUGCUGCUCCUACACCUCCUUCCACCCGCCCUCGCCCAUCAACAUGGGCGAGAACUUCAUCAAGAGCGUCUACGAGGCCCUGCGCGGCUCCCCGCAGUGGAAGGACACGCUCUUCAUCCUGACCUUUGACGAGCACGGCGGUUUCGCCGACCACGUCGCCCCGCCCGAGAACGUCCCCGCCGGCGACGACCUGACCUACACCGAGAAGGCCCGCGACGGCAAGGAGUCCACUUUCCAUUUCGACCGCCUGGGCAUCCGGGUGCCCACGGUGCUGAUGUCGCCCUGGGUCGGCAAGGGCGUGAUCCAGAACAGCCCCAAAGACCAGCCCAACGAGUUCACCCACACCUCCAUCCUCAAGUACGUGUCGGAGCUGUGGGGGCUCGACCCGCUGACCCCGCGGGUGGAGUGGUCGCCCAGCUUCAAGAGCCUGAUCACGGAUACCUACCGGGAUGAUACCCCGAAGAAGCUGCCUUCUGCGGCGGGUUAUUAAGUAGGUUCGAUGCCUGGAGCAUCUUGGGACGGAGUAUAGUUGGACUGGCCAUAGUGUUUCUUUUUUUGUUUUUUUUUCUGGAUGUAUGUGAUGAGCAAGCCCAGCUGGUUGCUGGCUUGAAUAGUAUAUGAAAUAUAUGAAAUGAAUGAAUUAAAUCUGUA